AUGCUGUCAAGAAGAGUCCUUUUGGCCGCGCGCACCGCCCGGCUGUGCCGGUCGCAGCAACCGCUUCGUCUUGCCCAGCUGCCGCUCAUGCUCCAGAAUGCUCGCGGCUAUGCAGACCUGAUGGUUAAGGUUCCCCAGAUGGCCGAGUCCAUCACCGAGGGAACGCUCUCCCAGAUCGCCAAAAAGGUUGGCGAGCAGGUCGAGCAAGACGAGGAGAUAGCAACGAUCGAGACAGACAAGAUUGAUGUUUCUGUGACUGCGCCAGAAGCUGGUGUCAUCAAGGAGAUCCUUGCCAGCGAGGAGGACACCGUUACAGUUGGCCAGAACCUGAUUGUGAUUGAAACCGGUGGCGUCGCCCCCGAAAAGGCAGCAGCUGCUGAGGCCCAGGAGGCAUCGUCUACACUCGCGCCUGCCGCCGAGUCAAAACCGGAAGCCCCGAAGGAGGACAGCAAGCCUGCGCCGCCAAAACAGGCUGCGCCCGAGAAGAGCGCACCGGCCCCGACCCCGGCACCGAAAAAGGCUAUUGCCGAGUCUGCCGCAGCUCCGGCUGUGCUUGGAAGCCGCGAGGAGCGUCGCGUUAAGAUGAACCGUAUGCGUCUCCGGAUUGCCGAGAGGCUCAAGCAGUCUCAAAACACGGCUGCUUCCUUGACGACGUUCAACGAAGUCGACAUGUCGUCUCUAAUGGAGUUCCGCAAGCUGUACAAGGACGACGUGCUCAAGAGCACGGGCGUUAAACUCGGCUUCAUGAGCGCAUUUACCCGCGCCAGUGUGCUGGCAAUGCGCGACAUCCCGGCUGUCAACGCCUCUAUCGAGGGUCCGAACGGUGGCGACACCAUCGUGUACCGCGACUACGUUGAUCUGAGCGUGGCUGUGGCCACCGAGAAGGGCCUGGCUCGCGACGGCAAGCUGACGAUUGAGGAUAUGGCCGGCGGCACCUUCACUAUCAGCAACGGCGGUGUGUUCGGCUCGCUCAUGGGAACCCCAAUCAUCAACCUCCCACAGACGGCUGUCCUUGGUCUGCACUCUAUCAAGGAGCGCGCAACCGUUGUGAACGGCAAGGUUGAGGCCCGCCCUAUGAUGUACCUUGCUUUGACGUACGACCACCGGUUGCUUGAUGGACGGGAAGCCGUCCAAUUUCUGGUCAAGGUGAAGGAGUACAUUGAGGACCCUCGGCGCAUGCUCCUUUAA